UCAUAUUGGAUCCCCCGGCAGGCCAAUUCCUCUUUCCCACUUCCCUUUAUCUCGAGUCUUGACUCAGUAAUACAAGCUACCAUGUUAUAAGGAAAAAAAAAAAGUAUCUGUCAUGGAGGGUCCACCCAUAGGAAUAGCUUUUCCUGCCCCAAACGUUCCAAGGAGUACUAAUCGUCUUGCAAGUCAUGCAUGAGAUCAGAAGAGAAGAUAAUGGCAGCAGAGUUGGUGGGAGGAGCAUUUCUGUCAGCAUUCCUGCAGGUGUUGUUCGACAGGGUGGCUUCACGUGAGGUUGUGGACUACAUACGAGGAAAGAAACUCAACGAGAGGCUGCUGAAGAAGCUGAAGAUCACCUUGUUGUCGGUGAAUGCUGUGAUCAAUGAUGCGGAGGAGAAACAGUUCAGGUGCCCUCUUGUGAAAGAGUGGCUCCAUGAACUUAAGGAUGCUGUCUACGAUGCUGAGGACAUCUGGGAUGAGAUCGCCACGGAUGCUUUGCAAUAUAAUCUCCAAGCUAAAUCCAGCACCACCGUCAAUCAGAUGAAGCUCAAAAUUGAAGAGAUCCUUGACAGACUUGAAUUCAUUGCAAAACAAAAAGAUGUCCUUGGCCUGAAACAUGGUGUUGCAGAAAAACAGUCAUGGAAAAUACCAACAUCAUCUUUGGUAGAAGAAUCUCAUGUGUAUGGCAGGGAUGAUGACAGGGAGGCCAUAAUCAAGUUGUUGCUAUCGGAUGGUGAUAAUGACAAUAAUAUUUGUGUGAUUCCAAUCGUGGGCAUGGCUGGGAUUGGCAAGACCACUCUUGCUCAAGUUGUGUACAAUGACAACAGAGUGAAAGAGAACUUUGAGUUUGCAGCAUGGAUAUGCGUUUCUGAAGACUUUGACGUUUGCAGGAUAACAAAAACAGUCCUUGAGGCAGUCACUUCAGUUUGUUGCGAUUUCAAGGAUCUAAAUUUGCUUCAGCUUAAACUAAAAGAGGAGUUGUCUGGGAAGAAAUUUUUGCUUGUCCUAGAUGAUGUUUGGAAUGAGAAUUGUGACAAUUGGGAGGCCUUGAGGAGACCUUUUAACUCAGGGACAGGGACACAAGGAAGCAAGAUCAUUGUGACAACACGCAAUGAAAGUGUGGCCUCCAUCAUGCGUACUGUUCCAGUUCAUUAUCUAAACCAGUUAACGGAUGAAGAUUGUUGGCUACUAUUUGCAAAAUGUGCAUUUGGGAACUAUGGAAGCUCUGAUGCACAUCCAAUCCUAGAAGGAAUUGGUAGAGAAAUCGUGAAGAAAUGUAAAGGCUUACCAUUAGCUGUAAAGACCCUUGGGUGCCUUUCGCGCCUUAAACUGGAUGCAGAGGAAUGGGACAAGAUACUCAAAAGUGACAUAUGGGAAUUCUCUAACGACCAGAGUAACAUUCUUCCAGCCUUGAGAUUAAGUUAUGACUACCUUCCCUCACAUUUGAAGCGAUGCUUUGCCUAUUGUUCCAUAUUUCCAAAAGAUUAUGAGUUCAAAAAGGAACAGUUAAUUCAGCUAUGGAUGGCGGAAGAUCUUUUGCAACUGCCGAAAAGAAACAAGAGAAUUGAAGAAGUGGGAGAUGAGUAUUUCCAUGAAUUAGUAUCGAGGUCAUUUUUUCAACGAUCAGCAAGUGAGAACUCGUGCUUUGUUAUGCAUGAUCUUAUAAAUGAUUUGGCUAGAUUUGUAUCUGGAGAACUUUGUUUCAGGUUAGGGGAUGACAACCCAAAAGAAAUUUCAGAAAAGACUCGACAUUUGUCAUAUGUUAUGGCAUUAGAAGACCUGUUUAAGAGAUUUGAGAUUUUCUAUAAAGCAAAAUGUCUACGCACCUUCCUACCACUAUAUUUGCCAGAUGAAUUUUAUUGCUUGUCAAACAAGGUACAACACAACCUAUUGAUUAAGCUAAGGUGCUUGAGGGUUCUAUCUUUGUCCAACUAUCAUAGCAUUAGCGAGCUACCUGAUUCAAUUGGCGAGCUAAUUCAUCUAAGAUAUUUGGACCUCUCUCGCACUUUGAUCAAAAGGUUGCCUGAAACUGUUUGCAUCAUCUACAAUUUGCAAACACUGAAGUUGGCAUAUUGUUAUCGUCUCAGGCAGUUGCCUACAGGUAUUCAUAAUCUGGUUAAUUUACGUAAUCUAGAUAUGAAUGGAACAUGUGUAGAGGAGAUGCCAACACAAAUGAGUAAAUUGGAAAGUCUACAAAUGUUGAGUACUUUUAUUGUAGGAAAAGAGAAUGGGACCAAGAUUGGAGAAUUGGGAAAACUCUCAAAUCUUCGAGGAACAUUGUCCAUAAAGAAGUUGAAGAAUGUUGCGAAUGCUAAGGAUGCCUUUGAGGCCAAGUUGAAGGAUAAGAAACACCUUGAGGAGUUAGUCUUGGAUUGGGGUUAUGGAAACACAGAUGAUACAAAUCAAGUAAGAUACGUAUUGGAGAAGCUUGUGCCUCAUACAACCUUGAAAAAGCUCCAGGUCCAUAAUUAUGGGGGCACAAGAUUUCCCCAUUGGUUAGGAGAUCGUGUAUUUUGCAAUAUCAUAUCAGUAAGCCUUCAUGAUUGUGAACAUUGUUGUAUAUUGCCACCCCUUGGUCAACUACAUUCCCUCAAACACCUUUCUAUUGAAGGAUUUGAUGGAGUAGUGACUGUGGGUCCUGAGUUUUAUGGCAACAGCUCUCAGCCCUUUCCGUCUCUGGAAAUAUUGAAGUUUAGUGGGAUGUCUGCAUUGGAAGAAUGGUAUUCAUUUGGAGUUGAAGAUGAAUGUAUAAGAGCUUUCCCUCACCUCAAGGAGCUUCGGAUAGAGUCUUGCCCAAGCCUAAUCGGGAGUUUGCCCAUCAACCUUCCCUCUUUGAGAAAACUUGUGAUUGAGUACUGCGAGCAGAUUGUUUCUCCUCUCCCAAGAGCUCCAGCAAUCCGGGAAUUAGAGCUAAUCAAGUGUGAUAAAGUGGUGUUGAGGGAACUGCCACACACACUACACUCGCUGAAAAUGAAAGGAUGCCAGUUUGUUGUAGAGACAUUGUUGGGGGAAAUAUCGACACAAAUCCAAGCUUGUCCUCGACGUUUGGAUAUUUCUGAUUGUUCCACUUUGAUGUCAUUUCCUGGGAGUUGUCUACCAACUGCUUUGAGCUUCCUGAGUAUAAAAAAUUGUGAAAAGUUAAAGUUUCCACUGCACCAAUACCACACAUCCCUCGAACACUUGUUGAUAGUAGAUAGCUGUGGUUCACUCGGAUAUUUUCCAAUAGAUUUGUUCCCCAAUCUAAACAGUCUCACAAUUGGGAGGUGUAAGAGCCUCAAGCACCUUUCAGUGAUAGCGGGACCACGUCAAGUUCUUGCAUCUGUCACUUGUUUGAAAAUCCAAGGGUGCCGAAAUCUUGUCUCUUUCCCCGAAGGAGGACUAUCUGCACCAAACUUGAAUGAUCUUUGGGUUGACGAAUGUGAAAACUUAAAAUCACUGCCUGAACGAAUGCAUGUCCUUCUCCCAUCCUUACGUGAACUAAGAGUUUCUGGUUGUCCAAAACUGGUAUCUUUUCCUGAAGGGGGUUUGCCCUCCAGCUUGUCUUCACUUUAUAUCGGAGGUUGCAACGAACUCAUUGCAUGUCGGAUGGACUGGCAUUUGCAAGAUCUUCCUUUGCUUGCAAGCUUUGGAAUCUUUGGUGAAUGCGAAAAAGUGGAGUCCUUUCCAGAAGAGGAGUUGCUGCCCUAUACUCUUACUUACUUGUCCAUUGUUGGACUUUCACGUCUCAAAACCUUGGAUGGCAGAGGUCUUCAACACCUUAUAUCUCUCAGAACAUUGGUCAUUAGUGGGUGUUCUGAGCUCCAGUCAAUGCCAGAAGAAGGGCUGCCAAUGUCUCUUGUUGAGCUCAUCAUCCGGAGAUGUCCUCUGCUGAGAGAAGCAUGCAAGAGGGAGAAAGGGGAAGACUGGCCCAAGAUCGCCCAUAUUUCUUGCAUAGAGAUUGAAGACGACUCUAACUCAUGAGCUAUCUUUAUUAGAGUCUUUGGUCUUACACAAGACCCAACUUUCACUCGGGUGUUCAAAGAAGAACCAACAACGAUUCACAAGUAUUUUGCUGUAUUGGAGAGUACAUGAAGUUUAACAGGAGUUUGAGGAAGCUCAGGUUGCCAUUUUCAUGUCAAAGUGCUUCUCUUACCAAACCUAUUGAUUAACUGGAGUGUAAUGUUGCUAUAUUGGAAGACUGAAGUCUUACAGUUACAAAAGGAUUUUGUAAAAGUAAAUUCAGAAACUGAUGUGACUUCAUGUAAUACGUUAGAUUAAUUUUAUAAUCUAACAUACCAUAUUAAAAAAUAUAAAUUUACGACUAAAGCAUUUAAGAGAUGUUUAGUGCUUCCAAAGAUGCUAGAGUUUCCCGUGGAAUUUAAUGCAAAACUCUAGUGGGAAAUGGAACAUAUUCAUGGACCUUGUAAGACUAGUCUCCUUCAUGGGCUUGGUUUAGUUUGUUGAACUGUUUGUAAGUUAAGUAUCUUGAAAUUUUGGUAAAAAAAUAGGGUUUUUAAUAUUUAUAUUUGUAAUAUACAGUCAAUGAAAGUAUUUUUUAAUUUUCUGAUUUGGACAAAAAUAAUUUCUUAAACUAGUGGCUCAAUGUAAUCUGUGGGCCAAAGACAGAAAUGAACGGUUUGUCAGACGGCAUGUACACGUGUCUCGUGCACCCACUAGAGUCUAGAACAGACGAAAACAUGUCUGAAAACUUGAAGUCUUUCAUAAAUAUUGCUUCUCCAGUGGUUUGGCGGUAGAUAAACUGAAGAUAACGUGGUCAGAGAAUCCAACCGACAAUCAGAUAUGGAAUUGUUUGGCUGCAGAUAUGGAAUUGUUUGACUGCAGAUAGUAAUCAUUUAAAGCAAUGACAGAAACAAUGGAUGACGAGGAG